GCCGACUGACGGGCCGCCUGGGACGGGGCGGCUGGGCGAGCGCGUGGAGAAGAGCGGGGCAGCCAUUCACACGUGACGGCGCCAGGCUUGCGUGACGUUGACACGUGUACAUUGCUCUUCCUCUGCUGAAGGCGGGCGCGCGCGUCUCUCACAACAGCCCUGCGAGUGUUUGAGACCUGUGAAGGCUGCAGUCUCACAGAGCAUCUUCCAAAGAAGAGGAAGCACCUGCCAGUUGUGACUUGAACCCAGACGCCCUUGGAAUGACACUUGCUACAGACUACAUGAGACAUUCGGAGCUGGCCCUUGCGUCUCAGUGGCAAGAGCUCUAGCUCUGUAGCCCACCAGGCUUUCCUCCUAAUGCUGGGCAAGAAAAGGAGCUCACCUCAGCCUGGCAAAGAGACAUUUCAUGCCCUUGACAGCUCAGAGGGGCUUCAUCCUCGCAGCUUUCUGGGAGCUGCUCCCGAGCACAUCUCUCCUUGCCCAUGGUGCACUUUGUUGUGGCACUCCUCGUGUGACCUUCCUACUAUUAAGCCUUUGCCGUUUCUCUUUGCUUUGUUGCCUGUUUCCAAACUGGAUCAUGGGGGUUCCUCACCACCCCACAACUGUUGGAGGAAGGGAGUGAACUUUGAAAUGGCACCUGUGAAAUGCCAGGGACCUUCUGCACACACAAAGUUGCCACUGGUUGACACGAGAACUGGCUGACUGCCCAGGCACCCUCUCUCUGCCUGCCUCAGGAUCCCACAGGGCGCUCGCCUUGCCUGCCGCUCGCCAUGUUCCUACUACUGCCCUUUGAUAGCUUGGUGGUUAACCUGCUGGGCAUUUCCCUGACCGUACUCUUCACUCUGCUCUUGGUUUUCAUCAUUGUGCCAGCCAUUUUUGGAGUUUCCUUUGGCAUCCGCCGCCUUUACAUGAGAACCCUGCUGCAGAUAUUCCAGUGGGCAACGCUGAGGAUUGAGCGUGGGGCCAAAGAGAAGAAGCACCCACUUUAUAAGCCCUAUGUGAAUGGGAUCAUUGCAAAGGAGCCCACUUCCUUGGAGGAGGAGAUCAAAGAGAUCCGGCGGAGUGGUAGCAACAAGGCCUUGGACGCCCCCGAGUUUGAACUCUCUGACAUCUUCUACUUCUGCCGCAAGGGCAUUGAGACCAUCAUGGAUGAUGAGGUGACCAAGCGCUUCUCGGCGGAAGAGCUGCAGUCUUGGAACUUGCUGAGCAGGACCAACUACAAUUUCCACUACAUCAGCCUGCGCCUCACAGUCCUCUGGGGCCUGGGUGUCCUGAUCCGCUACUGCUUCCUCCUGCCACUCAGGGUAGCUCUGGCUUUCACUGGCAUUAGCCUCUUGGUGACUGGCACAACCAUGGUGGGUUAUUUGCCCAACGGAAGGUGCAAAGAGUUCCUGAGCAGGCAUGUUCAUCUGAUGUGCUACCGGAUCUGUGUGCGAGCUCUCACAGCUAUCAUCACCUACCACCACCGGGAAAACAGACCCCGCAAUGGAGGAAUCUGUGUGGCUAACCACACAUCCCCGAUUGAUGUCAUAAUUCUGGCCAGUGAUGGUUACUAUGCUAUGGUGGGCCAGGUCCAUGGGGGGCUCAUGGGGGUAAUCCAGAGGGCCAUGGUCAAGGCUUGUCCCCAUGUCUGGUUUGAACGCUCCGAGGUGAAGGAUCGCCACCUGGUGGCUAAAAGGCUGUCUGAACAUGCUCAUGAUAAAAAUAAAUUGCCCAUCCUUAUUUUCCCUGAAGGCACUUGCAUCAACAACACUUCCGUGAUGAUGUUCAAGAAAGGGAGCUUUGAGAUCGGUGCCACUGUUUAUCCUGUUGCUAUCAAGUAUGACCCCCAAUUUGGAGAUGCCUUUUUUAACAGCAGCAAAUACGGCAUGGUGACUUACCUGCUCAGGAUGAUGACCAGCUGGGCUAUAGUUUGCAGUGUCUGGUACCUUCCCCCAAUGACCAGAGAGCCUGAUGAAGAUGCUGUGCAAUUUGCCAAUCGGGUGAAGUCUGCCAUUGCUAGGCAAGGGGGUCUUGUGGAUCUCCUGUGGGACGGAGGCCUGAAGAGGGAAAAGGUGAAGGACACCUUCAAGGAAGAGCAGCAGAAGCUCUACAGCAAAAUGGUUGUGGGCAACCAUGAAGACCGAAGCCGCUCCUGAGCUUCGUGGAGCAGGGGCUGCUGCAGGACUGACAGCCUCCACCUCCUCCCAGCCUUCUGGAGCCCAUUCUUGGCUGAGCUGCCGCUCCAGGCCAAGGUGGUGCUGCCCAGAGGCUCGUCAGCAAGAGGCCUUAUUUCAGCUGCAACGGCUUGGCUCACUGCUUAGACAGCCACAGUGGAGAACUUUUCCCACAGUGGAAGUGGCUGGAUGGGCUGUGUGGUGGUGCUGGAGAACGCCUGUGUGUGUGCAUGCGCAUGUGUGCCUGCACUGGAAGCUGCUGUGGUUGCAAGAACAGCUGGACUUGUUGAGCCCCUGCUGCCUGUGGUGGGUGCCCCCAGCAGCUUCCCCUGCCCUUUGCGGCCCCAGGGAAAGGCUCAGACCUCUUUGCAUUGUGUCUUUUCUCUCUUUCUCUCCCCCCCCCCCACAAAAAAGAGAACUGACUGAGACUGCAUAGGGUCCCUUUGCAUUUUUUAAUUAAAAUAUAUAGAGAUGGAGGCUUU